UGAAAUCUAGUUUAUGUUCUCAAAUUUCUAAAUUUUCCAAUUUGUGUACAAUCCCAUCAGCACGAAAACGCGGGAAAAGCAACCAUAGAAACAAAUGGGUAACAAGGGCUCGAAAAUUGGGGCAUAUGCGCGAAAUGAUCGUUGGCUACAGAUCAACACUCUGGACAUGCUUCGCGCUUCCAAUGAGAUGCAACAAAUGACCAAGAAACUUCACAGUGUGAGUAAAGACUAUGGUGAGCUCUGCAUGUGUUGGCGACAAGCGCUUUCCCGAGCAAUGGAGCACUUGAAGCAUGGACGCUUGAGCUCGGUAAAAAUGGUAAAGGCAACGACGGGCGUGCCGUCGGAUACACAUAUGGCAACCACUGACCAAUGCCUCAACGAGGUUGGGACUAACAUUGGUCUCAAUCUGAAGCAACCAUUGAAGCUAAGAUGCUGUAAAUGCUGGUUUCCUCUUGUGUCACAGUUAGAAGAAAUCCCUUGUACAGCGGAGAGUAGUACGAAACACCCUAAUAAUGCUCCUCUUGGGGCAUGCAAGAACGGUAAACAUGAGGGCGCGCUGGAGAGGGAUGUAUCUAUAACGUGGGAACCAAGCUGGACCUUUCAAUCAUCUAUAACAAAUACUGAGUGCCAGAAGUCUCUUUCGAGUAUAGGAAAGCAGUUGGUCGAUUGUGUCGCUAGAAUGCAAACGACAGUGGAUGAUGACAACCCGACGUAUACUUCGAAAGAGACACGUCGACCCAGUUCCUUUGAUAAAGCUUUAAGUUAUCGAUGCUUUCUUAAAUCCCUAAGACAAUAUGAAGAAAUGCUUUCAUUUAUGUACCGACGUACGCAUUUGGUGGAACAGGCGUGUGAUAUAUCCUACCUGAUGUUUAUUGUACAUGAUCUUAUUGAGGAAUGCGAAAAGACUUUCUCUGAGGACGCUCUUACUCAGAGGAGUGAGAAGUAUGUGGUCUCGGAACUGUUCGGAGCCUCCGCUAGGCAGGAUGGAUGGGACGACAUAUUUUCGUCAGCAGUCAAUGAGACUAACAUGCACAAAAUAUCUAGUGAAAACUUCAUUGACGACUCAGUUCCGGGAAGUUGUACGGCCGAUGAAAAGCCAGACAUUGCCGACAAUGAAGAAGAACCUGACUUCGAGAAAACCACAGACCUACCAUCUGAAGCAGGUGUUAAGGGCGUGCCAUUCGUAAAUGUGGAUAUUGAACCGAACGCAGCUGAUACAGCAAGGUGGACGACGAGCUUAAAAGGCUUUGCAAAGUUUGCCGCCAGUGCUGUCAAAAAAAAUACCAACAUAUUGCGGAAAUUUCAAUACUUCAGUCUUUACUCAGGGCAAGAGAAGUCCAACCAAGAGCCUUUAAAUUCGGUUGAAGGUGCGGAAGAGAGUGAUGACCAGCCCGAUGCAAAUAUCAACUCCGCGAGGGACUGUUGUUCGUUAAGACCCAUAAUGACUGAACCAACCGUGAUGCGUUGGCCACGAAGCUCGCGCCUUGAAACAGCGUUGGAGACUGCCCGUCAUGUAACCGCCAUAUUGUUCCUCUUUUGUCUAUUGCUCGUCAACAUAUUUUUUGAAGAAGAACGCUGUGUGGAUAUGCGCAAUUGCAUGCGCAAUAGACGAUGAUUUUUUUAUGUUAAGAGUCGGGUCAACAGAUUUCAAUAUGAAAAAUUUAUCACUAUUUUGCACUAUGCCAGUCCAUGAUUGUGCCUACACGCGUACGCGCACGAAUAUCAAAUUUAAGUUCAUUCAAAUUGUCACAUCUUUAGACGGACAUUUAACCAUAACAUCUCGAACAUAAGGAAAGUAUCAAUUGUAAAGUAACACAUGUACUCUAUACGUGUAUGUAUUUAUAAGUCACAAGAAAAUAAAAAAUUUCUAUCGCAUAAAAUAUUAAGAGUGU